AAAGCUACGGACAUGAACUCCAUUUAUCAAAUACAAUUAAAUGUAUGUUUUAAAGUCCGGGCUGCUUGUCACCCACCGUCUUCCCGUCUCCUCCGCUAUUGUCGCUACCGCGAGAGAUCGUCGUGAAGGGCGGAGGAUCAACACGUUAACAUAUCUGCGGUGACGCGACGCGAGCUGCGGUCUGGUGCUCCGCCGGAGAGGCAGCCGCUGCUCUAUGGACUGAGAGGCGGAGUCGGGUCACCGGUUUGGGAGGAGGUCGACGAGAUGGCAGUAGAUAACGGGAGGCCGGAGGGGAAAGGGUGGAGGCUGUGCCGGAUUCCCUUCUGGGGUGGCGGUGGUGGCGGCAGUGGAGGGGGGUCGUCGUCGACGAACUCGUCGGCGUCGCUGACGCAGCACAGCCACCGGAGCUCGAGUAGGAGCCAGGUGGGGCAGGCGGGGCAGCCGGUGUCGGCGGUGCCGGACGCCGGCCGUCGUCACUCCAGUGGGAGCACGGUGAAGGCUGUGGCACGGUCGCUGCUGCCAACCCGGCGCCACCUCCGGCUCGAUCCGCCCACCAAGCUCUACUUCCCAUAUGAACCUGGUAAACAGGUCAGAAGUGCGGUCAGGAUAAAGAAUACCAGCAAAUCUCAUGUAGCAUUUAAGUUUCAAACAACUGCACCAAAGAGCUGUUUCAUGCGUCCUCCUGGUGGUAUACUUUCUCCUGGGGAGAGUAUAAUAGCAACUGUCUUCAAGUUUGUGGAGCAUCCAGAGAACAAUGAAAGGCCAAUGGAUCAAAAGAGCAAGGUUAAGUUUAAGAUUGUGAGUUUGAAGGUGAAAGGACCUAUGGAGUAUGUACCAGAACUGUUUGAUGAGCAGAAAGAUCAGGUUGCAGUCGAGCAAAUUCUGCGGGUUGUAUUUUUGGAUGUGGCACGUCCCAGUCCUCAAAUGGAAAAACUGAAGCGUCAGCUUGCUGAGGCUGACGCAGCACUUGAGGACCGCAAGAAACCUCCAGAAGAUGCAGGUCCUCGGAUUGUUGGCGAAGGGCUUGUCAUAGAUGAAUGGAAAGAACGAAGGGAAAGGUACCUUGCUCGGCAGCAGGUUCAAGGGGUUGAUUCGGUGUAAAGUGCGGCUUACUAUUAUUAUAACUUUGCUUGCCAGGGUGACUGUUUAAAGGUUCAAUUGGUGACAAUAACAGGCUUACAUGUCAUGAACCUUUGAGACAUGUUGUGCUUGACUUAGGCUUAUCUCCCUAUUUGUAGGUAUGGGUUUUUACUCUUUAAGAAAUAAAAGCAUUUUCUGUGGGAGGAACCAGAACAUUGCACCCUUUUGUUUUUGUUAUUUAAGAUGUAAAUUAUAUAUUAUAUUCAUUGUUCAACUUGAUUUGGAUGAUAGGAAUAUCUUUGUUGGAGGUCUUGUAAUGAUUAUGGACCCAUGUAAAUGUACUAGUGUUUCCUAUCAGCUGUAUGCCAUUAUCUUUUAAUGCUGUCAUGUAAAUUGUCACUUGAUUCGUGUA